GUGCUCCCUGGGCGGGGCCGGAGCGCAGUGCUGCGGGUUCGCUUUGUCUCCCCUGGGCGCUGUGCGGCGCAGUGGGGGCAGCGCGGCGAGCGGGGCGCCUGGGGCGCGGGUGCAGGGUGUCGGGGCGCGCGCGCGCCUCUUGGCCGCUCGCCGACGGGGCCCCGAGCCGCCGAUUCCUGCCGAGUGUAGAGAGGAGAGAGUGAACAGGGAGCGGGGCUUUUGUCUGUUGGUCUCCCUGGACUGAAGAGAGGGAGAAUAGAAGCCCAAGACUAAGAUUCUCAAAAUGGUUUGUUACCCAGAACUCUUUGUCUGGGUCAGUCAAGAACCAUUUCCAAACAAGAACAUGGAGGGAAGGCUUCCUAAGGGAAGACUUCCUGUCCCAAAGGAAGUGAACCGCAAGAAGAACGAUGAGACAAACGCUGCCUCCCUGACUCCACUGGGCAGCAGUGAACUCCGCUCCCCAAGAAUCAGUUACCUCCACUUUUUUUAAUCGCAACACCUCCAUUUGUAUUACAUAUGGUGUAUGGGUAUUGAUGAGGUCAUGGUAUCAUAUAUGGGAUUUUUUUCUGUGUAAAUCAUCAAGUAUAAGAAGAAACUAUGGGACUCUGAGCCUUGCUUUAGAGAAUUUACAGUGGACAAAUAGGUAUCAUCAAACCAGUUUUUAAUCAUUCUGACUCAAGUGAAAACGCUCAGAAUUUCACACUGUGAAUCCACGUUUACAACCCUUACAGGUGGGCCUUCAGGCCUGGUUCGCUACAACAAUGUCUUCCACAACUCAAACUCCCACCGCGCUCACACAACCGGUCCACUCCUGCCUUUUCACUCACACAGCUCCCGACUGCUUCUUGCAGAGGCUGAGAGUCCCCCCCUUUUUUUUUUCAUUUAGAUGUAACAAACCUAGUAGUUUAUGUUCAUCAAUUGUCUGUAUAUCUCUAUAUUUUAUCCAUGUACUCUUUUGAUGUAUAGAAGUAGUUUGAAACUCAUUGUUUCCUUGUGGUAAGUGACCGAGAUGCUGCCACAGGACCUGAGACACUGAUGAAUGGUGCUAUUUUGGACUUUCAACAUGCUCCUUGGCGAGGUAGCUCUGAUGGAGUUAUUUUUUAUUUCCAUGUUCUAAGAAGGUGUUGGUACUCUGUUUCCCUGAAUGUUGUUCUCUAGACUGGAUUGACUUGUAUUCCUUGUGUCUUCAGUGUGGCUUUCUUCCUCAGUGUUGUAGGUUGAGCGAAUGCUACCAGAGUGUGAGAGACGAUUGUCUCGUUGACUGGCACUCACGGACAUGCAGUCACGGUAGCGGGAGCAAUCACAAAACUGUAAUUUACUUACCAAAUCUCUUCCUUUCCGUAGCCUCGCCUGCCUGACUUAGAGAAAGAAAAGCAAUAAUUUUACAGGCAUUUUGAGGUGUCUCUUUGGGUUCUUUCUGUUUGAAAGGAUACUUGUGGAAAAAAAGAGCAAAACCUUUUUAAAUAAAUUCCCCUGAAAAAAACCCCAAACACUGGCAUCUGAGUAGGAAUAUGAAAAUGACACCUUUUCCAAAUAUUAAAUUGGAAAACAAUGUCUUUACAAAAUCACAAUGCUUUUUUAAAAGGCAGAGCACUCUGUUUUUGGCAAUUUUGAUAAGCAAGGUGUAGAUUUACAUUUUUGUCCUUGCUCCCAACGAAAUGGAUAAACAAAAAUAAAAUACCAUCUACUCAUGGAAUGUUGUUGUGUUAGCCAGUCUGAAAGCCCACCUUAAUUUUUAUAUAACUGUCUUUUAGCUCUUCUUUUGACAGGGCAGGCCUUGUUCUGAACUGUUUCGCUUCUGACUGUUAAAACACCGAUGACGCAUGCACUGCACUUCUUCGUUUUCUUCUUGCUCCCCCAUUGGCCUGAGUUUCUUGUGCAUUCCUCCUCUCCCUCCUUCGUUAGAAUAGGUAUAUCAGCUGUGUAAAUAGAGCAAGAAAACAGUAUUCUGCAUCUGUGGCAUUUAUGUAGAGUUGCAGUUGUGUACUGCUGAAAAUGCAGGCUUUUGUAACAAUGUGAUCUUUACUGAUGCACUCAUGACAAGUACCCAAUGUAUUUUAGCUAUUUUAGUAGUAUUUGUUCAAUAAAUAUGCAAGCUGUAAGGUAA